CAAGUUGAGUUUGUGUGAAAAAAGCUUUGCUUGUGAAUAGGAGAAAAAAAGCCGCAUUCAGUUUUAAAGUGAAAGUGGAGAAUAAAAAUUGCAUGGCAUCUUUUAGGCGCAGCGCAUAAAAGUUUCGAUUGAUGACGGUCGCUGGCAUUGUUGUUGUUAUUGUUAUUCCCGUAGUUGUUGUUGUUGCUGAUUUCUUGAACCUCUUGUGAAGCGCCCAAACAGCAGCUGUUUAAAUGUAUUUUAGUGCUUGCACUCAACAACGGCCAGCCCCCUUGAGGGCCGGCAACUCAUGGAGUAUUCAAACUCAAAGCGUUUGAAUCAUAACGAGCAGCAGCAGCAGCAGCAGCAGCCACAAAACGAACACGACCAGCAAACCAGAAUUUCACUUGCAAGCGGCUACUUUCGCAGCAGCGAUACGCCAACAACAACAACAACAGCAGCAGCAGCAGCAGCAGUUGAUGCAGUAGCAACCACACCAACAACUGGCAGCCAGCGUUGUCUCAACACGCCACCCACAACACCCAGCAGCCCAUUGCGAGAGCCGCCACAAAGUCCUUCGGACGGACAGACUUCAUCGCUGAGCUCGCAUUCCGUGUCCAGUGACAUCUUGUUGGGUGAGUAA